AGUGGAGUAACAUAGGAGGGCAGGCAGGAAACGGCGUGGGCAGCCUCCCUGUGUCACAGCCUACGUCAGACUAAACGCCAGGAGGGAGUUUUCCACUGACAGAAAAGGCUGCGCUUCUCGGCAGACGGCUACAGACAAGGGAAGCGCUUCAGCUGCGGCGGGUCUCCGUAUGGCAGCGAGAGAGACAGACAAUAGCAGUGAGAGCUGUGUAUAUGCGGGAAUAAGCGCUGUAUUUAUUUGUGGCAUUUGGAUUACUUACACCUUUAUCCCAUCGGCUGUUUACCUGACGCCACUUUGUCACUGAUGGUGAUCGUAUACUUGAAUUUGUGAUAGUUCGCACUAACGCCAUGAGUGGGCUUCUCAAGAGGAAGUUUGAGGAGGUGGAUGAGGACCCAUGCUACUCCUCACCCUCACCUUCAUCCCUCUCCUCUGGCUGGGACUCAGAGGUGGAGAGCUGCUACUCAGACACUCUGGAUUCCACUCCCAGCAACCCCAGCUCCCCUGCAACAAAUGUUAACACAACAUCCAUCCUUAAGAAAGCCAAGAGACCACGGCGGGGCAAUGUCACUUUUGACCAGGUGACAGUGUUCUUCUUCCCUCGGUGCCAGGGUUUUACCAGUGUUCCCAGUCGAGGAGGAUGUACUCUGGGCAUGAUGCAGCACCACAGCGCGCUCCGCACUUAUACACUUGCUGAGUUUGCUGUGGAGCAGCAGCUCCUACGCCGGGAAAAACUCCUCAACAGACUCAGGGAGGAGAAGCUGGAAGCUCUCAAACUGAAGCUGACUAAGAAUGGCACUCAGGAGAGCGAGGAGGCAGAGCAGCUGACGGUGGAUGACAUCUCUGAGCAGGAUAUUGACAUCAGUGGAGCCAGCCUCCAUGAAGGUUCUUUCCUCCAUCCUUACCCGUCGAAACACCGCUACUCACUGCUCAAAGCAGCUGGUGUGAAGAAGAUCGACAAGGAGGAGAAGCGGCAGCUGCAUGAGCUGAGGCUCUCCAGGGAGAACUGCGGUUGCGACUGCCAGGGCUUCUGUGACCCAGAAACAUGUAGCUGCAGCAUUGCAGGCAUCAAAUGUCAGAUGGAUCAUUCCUCUUUUCCAUGUGGCUGUACCAAGGAUGGCUGUGGAAACACAAAGGGCCGCAUUGAGUUUAACUCCACUAGGGUACAGACACAUUACAUCCACACUAUCAUGAAGCUGGAGCUGGAAAAGAGGUUGGAAGAGCAGUCUAGCAACGAAGAGGAGAACAGAACAGGGGCUGCCUCCUUACCAGCAGUGCCCUCCUUCCCCUUUAGCUCAGAACUGGCAGCAGCUGGAGAGAACAGCUGCAGCAGCGAUAUGACAAACAUUUCUGAUUCUUCGGGUCAGAGUGAUGACUCUGAGGCGGGCGAGAGCCCGUGUAAGCAUCACACACAGCUGGAUGUCUAUGAGAAGGGUCUGAGCCGCAUCCUCAGUUUCAGCGACACAGAGAACUGCUCAAGAAGUAAUAGGAAUGGUGGGGAUAAGAACAGCAAAGACAGUUGCUGCACAGAUCAGCAAGAACAGCAGCAGCCAUCAACGGAGGCAUUUAGUAGCUUUAGCAUGGUGGACUUUGCUGAACAAAAUGACAAUAUAGAUACUACACUGUUGGACUCUACUGAUGAUCACACAGACAAUCAAGCAACAGCCAUUUCAGAACUUUUGGAUGAGAACGCCAACCAGGGAAAUGCCCUUUUCCAUAGUGGUAGUGUACCACAAACACCCUCUCCCACUGUCGAUCGCUCAGCAAGCUACAACAUGGACCUGAGCCUCUCUUCGGAGUCGGACCUCGAGUUCUUUGACGGUUUUCCAUGCUUGGGGCCCAGCUCACUCUAUAACUCCCUCAAGGAGUAUGAACACAUGGACAACUUUUUUCAGUUUCAGUGGCCUAGUCAUCCCAGCCUCCCUACAGCUAGUGACCCUGGGACCUGCCUGCUGGAGUCACUGAUCGGCCUUUCAGAGUCUGUCCCAGAGCCUCCUGCCACGUUAACAGACAAUCAGCUGUUGGAGGAAGCCAUGAAGUUGUCUGUGAUGGAAUCUUUGAAAGUUUGAUAAAACUUGUGGACAGUGCAAGAAGAAAGGGAUUUGGGAGGAGACUAAACAUGCACAUAAGAUGUCACUGUCAAUGUGUUUGAUUUUGGAGGAAGCUGUGAUUUCCUUCUUGCCUAAUAAAUGUUCAAUUUCCAGA